AUGGAGGAGCUGGAGCGAAUUCAAGCUACAAACUCUCAAGCGGUUACAUUGGUGGCGCAAUAUCAACUGGAACAGACACCUAGAGGGCGUGGUUCACGACCUGGUCGUGCGCCAAAUGUGGAGAGACACAGAGAAGUUCGAGGUCAAUUCCUCCUGCAUGAUUAUUUUGUUGAACGUCCAGUGUACGACGAAGUAAGCUUUCGGACGCGGUACCGAAUGCAUAAACAUGUCUUCCAACGCAUAAUGGAGGAUCUUUGCAACCACGACAGUUUUUGGAGGCAAAAACCAGAUGCCACUGGAAAAAUGGGAUUGCUUCCUGAACAAAAGAUGACAGGUGCCCUGAGAAUGCUCGCAUACGGUGCAGCUGCUGAUCAAUGUGAUGAAAUCACUCGGAUGGGAACUUCUACAGCACUGAAAUGUCUGAAGAAAUUUUGCAGACAGAUCGAGUUUAUGUACGGUGAGUGGUUCCUUCGUCCUCCCAAUUCUGCUGACUUAUAUAGGCUUCUCAAUAGAGGACAGCGUCGCGGGUUUCCAGGGAUGAUUGGGAGCAUCGAUUGCAUGCAUUGGGAUGGAAGAACUGCCCCACCGGCUGGGCUGGAGCUUACUCGGGUCGUAAGGGAAGACCAACUAUAA